UCCACCCACCUGUACUAUAGCUACAGGGUGUUAUUACUUUCAGGAAGCUUUUACAUGUAUCAUGUUAGUCUUCGAAACAAACAAGGGAGAGACUCAGGCACCUGUCAUUUUUCAGAUUUCUGUCGUAUGAAAUCUUAACCAGAUCAAACAGGAGCUGUUUCAUGACCUCAGUGGUGAGUAAGCUGCCAACCUUCAACUGAAAACAUGAACUGGUUAUCCCUGGAGGCCCUGCUCAUCGGUGUGAACAAAUACUCCACUGUUAUUGGACGUGUCUGGCUCUCCGUGGUCUUUAUCUUCCGUAUGUUGGUGUUUGUGGUGGCCGUGCAGCCAGUCUGGGGAGACGAUUUGAAAGACUUUGUGUGCAACACAGCUCAGCCUGGUUGCACCCAAGUGUGCUAUGACCAAACCUUCCCCAUCUCCCAUGUCCGCUUGUGGGCCCUUCAGCUCAUUUUAAUAACCUGCCCAUCUCUCUUGGUAGUGGGCCAUGUCAAGCUCCGUGAGAUGAAAAAUCAAAAUAAGGCCAAUACUGAGCAAGGCAAAAAAAAGUAUGCCAACCCCGGAAGGAAGCGCGGUGGCCUCUGGUGGACCUACUUAUUUAGUCUAAUAUUUAAAACAUUUAUUGAUGCGGGCUUCCUCUACAUCCUGCACUACAUCUAUACAGGAUUCGACUUGCCCACUCUGAUUAAAUGUAAUCUCUAUCCUUGCCCUAAUGUGGUGGACUGCUACCUGUCCCGCCCUACAGAAAAGAAGAUCUUCACUAUUUUCAUGGUUACCUCCUCUGUUCUGUGUAUCCUCAUGUGUCUCAUUGAGAUGUGCUACCUGGUGUUUAAGCGCUGCAAAAAGAUGUUUUUUGAACACAUUGAGAAAAAGCGAAUGCGAUAUGCUGAACAGCAUGAACUGGGGGCUCUUUCUCAGUCAAGGUGUAAAUGUAGAGUGGAUCCUACUGCAUCCACACACAGCCUCAGCAAACUGAAAAAAGAUGUGGCUGCUAACGAAGUCAGUUAGUGUCACUACUGCGUCUGGGAUCCUUUACACAUAAGAGACAAUGAUUUCAGGAGCUGUAGUUAUACCCUUGACUUCAUGUGAAAAACAUGCUUUGAACUGCAAAAUAAUCCUGAACAAUAAUCAAAGAGGGUGUUUUAUUGAAAAAUACCAGCUUCUUGUUUUAGUUUUGCUUCUUAGUUUUUUAAACCGUGAUUAAAAGGCCACCAUUUUAGCACGUUUGUGUUGAGAAAUCUUCUGUUACCGUAUAUGUAAAUGUAAAAAAAAAAAAAAAGUUUUAUCAUUUUUAGGUUUUUGUAUUUAUAAGCUUCAGUGUUGGCGUCAGAAGAAUAGCAUCGUUUUAUAUUAAAGCCAAAUACUGCCCCCUGGUGGACAAACAUAAAUAUUAUCGAAAACCUGCACAAGCAUUUCAGAAGUGUGUUUUGAUUCACCACUAUGGCGUUAUAAUAACUGAAAUACAAUACAUUUUCCAGAUAACUGAUGUCAUGUGACAUAAAACAAUAUAAUAAACACAACCCCUCCUCACUCCCCAGCUGUUUUAUCUAUUUGUUCAAUUCAUGAAUCCGUACACCAGAUUCUUUUUAAGGAAGCCACCGAAGUGUCCUGGUAAAAUUAAAUAGAGAUGCAGCUAACCUAAUUUUAAGGAAAUUCAGUGGAAAAGCCAAAAAACUGUCUGCAUCUGAUGAACAAUAAAGGUAAUUAUUGUAACAGACAAAAAGAAAUCCAAUCAAAAGCUUGCUCAGCACCUGGCACUGGUGGUCAUCUGGCACUAUGGCCAACACUUUGAGAAGAGAAUGGUCUAAAGGUCUUUGUUGCAGCCAAGAAACCCUUUGUUUAUCUACAUUUUCAGGAAGGCAGAUUAAAAGAUAUUUCAGUGUUAUGCAAAGUGGCAUAAAUCUAACUUGUACCAGGAGGAAAGAAAAGAAAAAGAAAUUUGUAAAUGAACCUGAUGCCUGACUGAAGAUUUCUCUGAAGCAUUUGUAAAUGCAGACAUUUUUCAUAUUUCCAUGGCUUAUUACAGACUGAUAUGACCCAUUAAAUUUCCUUUUAGCAAGAAAACAACACCAGAGGUCUUGCUGUCUUUUUUUUUUUUUUUUUAAAUCAGAUACUCUUGUACAUAAGGUAUUUAAUGAGCCUGUAAUAAAGAGUCAUAUUGUGUUUUAUGCUUUCUCUGUAUUUUUUAUUUAUUUUAAUUUUUUCUGGUACACAAUAUUAAAUUGAAUUAAGUGAAUUUAUGCCUUCGGAUAUGACUUUUCGGUUUCAUCUUUCACUGUUCACAUCAUUAAGAGCUGUCCAUG